UAGAAUAUAUAACAGAGAUAAGACGUCGGUGUUAAGUAAGACAUUAGUGUCGUUUCUCGUGAAAUUAACAGACAUUGGAAUAUCAAAUGCACUAUCAUAUUGAAAUUAAACUUUUUGAUAAGUGAAACCUUUUGGACAUGUAUUGUUUUUUUAAAAAUGAAAACUGUAAAUUUAAAUGUUCAUGGACGAUUUCAUUUGGAAUAAAAUAAGCAGCUGUGCGACAACUCAAAAACCUAUUUAAAUUAGGUAUCGGUGUAAUUGGAUACAUUUUAAUAACAUUCUACAGAUUCUUUCUUUAUAUUUGGAAAUGGGGAGUGAGCUAGAUGAAAUCACAGAUAAAUUAUCGGGUUCAUGGGUGUUAGACAGGUCUGAAAAUUUUGAGGAGGCUCUUCAAGAAAUGGGACUAAAUGUUGUGUUCCGGAAGUUAGCUAGCCAUGCCAAGCCAAGUAUGGAAAUACAAGUAGAAGACGGGAAAGUUAAGAUUAUUGCCAAAGCUUCAUUCUUCACACAAACUAUGACUUUUCCUAUUAAUGAACCGUAUGACCAAGAAUUUGAAGGGAUCAAAAUGAAAUGUUUUACAAAAUGGGAGAAUAAUAAACUGAUCACCGAAGCCAAUCCUGUGGAACCAGAGAAAGACAAGCCUCAGAAAUUUCAUAGGGAACGAGUUAAUGACGAACUUGUUCAGACCAUGUGGAUAGGAGAUGUUAAAUGUACUAGAUGGUUCAAGCAACAGACGUGAUGGAAGAAAGGAUUAUUUGAAAUAAAUUGAGUUUUAUAUCGUGUCUUUCAAUAUGUUAACGUUGUAAUGCUUUUUGUCAUGAACAUAAGUUACUCUUACCGCUUUUGCACUAUUUAAAUUUUUCUUUAAAGUACUUUAAAUUUAUUAAGGAAAGGAAACUUUUUUUCUAAGAGUUUAAUUUUGUUGUCACUCCUAAAAGUUUUGAUUAAAAGAAAAUACUAACAUUUAAAUCAAAUGUUUCGAAAGAGUGACCAAAUAAAUUAAGUAUUAUUAAGUAUUUUGUGUCCAAAAAGACAUAAUGUGAAGUUGUGUCAGCAAAUAUUACUCCAUUCCAUAAGCAUAAUGUCCACAUCUGUUCAAAAGCGUUUGCGUUAUAAGCUUCACAUUUUUAAACAAAUAAAUGCACAUCAAAAUCGCCAUCAGUUCAAUUCAACUCUUUCUCACUCAAGAGUAGAUAUCAAAAUAGAGUUGUGACUUCAAGAUUUUAAAAGCUUGCUUCAAAUAUAUGUAUUUAACACGGAAUAAAUAAUUUAUGGUUUGUAUUUUUGUAUAGAAACAAAUUGAUUAUAUGACACUUAACCAUGUUUGUAUAAUUUGUGGCUUUUUAAAAGGAAAGGAAAUUAUGCAUUUUUGUUUGUUUAAACUUAAUACCGACUCCAACAACUAUGGCAUAUAUGAAGCAUUUUGUUACUGAGGAUUUAAGUCAUAUACACUGGGAUAGUCAUAUUCUAAAAAUCAGGCAUCCUUAGUUGGGAAAGACCUCGACAGCGCUCCUGUGUAUUACUUUAUGGACGAACGAUCAUGUAGGUAAAAUCCCUCGAAGAGUUUUGUAAAAACACUCAUGAAACUAGCCGAAUGCACGACGUUCUGGAUAUGUCUUUGAUGCUACAGCUUUUAAAAACUUGGCAACAGAUAAACACUUUCAAAUUAUAUAUUUCGAAAUUUCAGUUCCAUGAUCAAUACACCGUGGUAAAACGGCUCAUGUAUAUUAGAAUAUAAAUGUGUUCUAAACUGAGUAAAGAUUCAUAUGUAGAUAUUUAUAUUAUUUAUGCAAUAUGUUCAUAUCCGAUUCGAAUUAUUACCUUUUUUUUAAGUAUUUUGAAAAAAUAUAAAAUUUCCUUUUUGUUGUUGGUAUUUAUAAAUUGCAGAACUGUAUGUUUUGUAUAUGGCGAAUUCACGAUGUUUAAAUGUUUACGGUAUUUGAAAUUAUGCUUUUGUCUUUCUUUAUACAUGUGCAAUAAGAUGAAUAAAAUGUUGUGUAUUAUA